AUGAAAAUGGAAAAUUAUGAGGCAUAUGUAGGCUUUGACCUCUAUGAGACACCUCUUUCCAGUGUUGCUCAGAAGAUUAUGUCUGCUAUACAUUCAGGUGAUUUAGUGGAUUCUAAGAACUGGGGAGAGAAUACAAAGACUGCAAAUAUGAUAAGCAAACCCAGUGUUGAGUAUUCAGCAAUACUUGAAAAUAGGAUGAAUCAGACACUAGAAAGAAAGACUUCUGAGUCUUUAACAAGCCAGACAUCAAGAGGAUCCACCAAGCCCUUUCCUCAGUCCUCCAUUACUGAGCUCACGGGUCACCUGUCUGCUGAGCAAAUGCAGAAAAACACAAACUCAUUGAUUCUUCCCCGCUAUGUAAUUCCACAGUAUGAUCAAGAAAUUUCAGUUAUACAGAAAAUGGAACAUACAAGACAGCAUUUCCUAAAGAAAAAUGUAAAUAAUGGAAAGAAGGAAAGCAUGAAUACCAAAAGAAAAUAUAAUGCAUGUAGUAAUUCAUUAGAGAAAACAAGUAAACACAUGGCAUUGGAAGAACGUGAUGAUAAGGUUGGGAACUCUAGCCACUCAACAACAUUUCAAAGGCAGUUUUGUGAUGUUAGGUAUUUGGAUGAUUUGGCAAAAAGCCAGCUGAUGGAAAUGCUCAAGCAGGCAGCAACCCUGGUGGUAACUCUGAUAUAUAAGGAUGGUUACACCCAGAUAACAGCUACCCAGGUUACUUCCUCCGUUAAAGGAAUUGUGAUGUUACUGAAGAGUCAUCCAGAAAACACCAGAGGUCCUCUGGAUUCCCCAGGAGUCUGUGGUGGUAGUUUGGAGGAGGGCAUUGUGUCCACUGAACGGUACAUCUACAUACACACAGAACAUCCUUCCAUCCCUAGCCAAGAACAAGAGGCACAUAGUCUGUUUGCCAGGAACGUGCUGUUUCAGACCCUGAAAUGUAAAUGCCCUGUUGUUUGUUUUAAUGCUAAGGACUUUUUGAAGACAGUGCUGCAGCUCUGUGGUGAGGGCAGUUGGAAGCAUGUUGCUGGUUUUGUAGGGCUAGAUCCCAAGAUAGCUGCAUGGCUCAUAGAUCCCAGUGAUACUGCACCUUCUUUCCAGGACCUGGUAGCAAAACACCUUGAAAAGUCUACCAUAGUCAAAGGAAGUGGAGCGAACGCAGUUUCUUCAACAAGUAGUGUGAGUCAGAAUGUACGUGUGGACCUGAGGAUACUCUACAAGCUCAUGAUGGACCUUUGUUCGAAAUUGAAGGUUCAUGGUUUAUGGAAACUAUUCUGCACUUUGGAACUUCCUCUGAUACCGAUUUUGGCAGUGAUGGAAAACCACAAGAUUCAGGUGAACAAAGAAGAAAUGGAAAGGACAUCGGCACUUCUUGGGGCUCGUCUCAAGGAACUGGAGCAAGAAGCCCACUUUGUUUCAGGAGAACAGUUUCUUAUAAUGAGUAAUAAUCAGCUUCGUGAGAUCCUCUUUGGCAAGUUGAAGUUGCACCUGUUGAGCCAGAAGAAACGUCUUCCCAGAAUGGGGCUGCAGCAGUACCCAUCCACCUCAGAGGCUGUGUUAAGUUCUCUGCAAGACCUUCAUCCAUUACCCAAGAUAAUUUUGGAAUACAGGCAGGUUCACAAGAUCAAGUCAACCUUUGUAGAUGGAUUUCUAGCUUGUAUGGAAAAGGGCUCUGUUUCCUCUACAUGGAAUCAGACCGGAACUGUGACCGGGAGACUUUCAGCCAAGCAUCCUAACAUCCAAGGUAUCUCUAAGCACCCAAUUCAGAUUACCAAACCUCAAAAAUUUAAAGGUGAAGAAGGCCAGACCCUCACCAUCUCCCCACGGGCCCUGUUUGUCUCCUCCCAAGGCCACACCUUCCUGACAGCAGACUUUUCACAGAUUGAAUUGCGCAUUCUUGCACAUUUAUCUGGGGAUCCAGAACUUCUGAAGCUAUUCCAGGAAUCUGAAAGAGAUGAUGUAUUUUCUACCCUGACUGCACAGUGGAAAGACAUUCCUGUGGGACGCGUGACCCUUGCCGACAGAGAGCAGACCAAGAAGGCAGUGUACUCAGUGAUCUAUGGAGCAGGAAAGGAGCGGCUUGCUGCUUGCCUCGGAGUUACUGUUCAAGAAACCACCUGCUUCUUGGAGAGGUUUUUGCACAAGUAUAAGAAAAUUAAGGACUUUGCCCAAGCAGUUAUUUCCCAGUGUCACCAGACAGGGUAUGUGACAUCCCUCAUGGGCAGAAGGAGACCCCUGCCAAGGAUCUGUGCACAGGACCCACAGCUCCGGGCACAAGCAGAGCGACAGGCAGUGAACUUCGUGGUGCAAGGUUCCACCGCGGACCUCUGUAAGAUGGCUAUGAUCCGAAUCUUCGCUGCAGUGGCCGCUUCCCCCUUCCUGACAGCCAGGCUGGUCGCCCAGAUCCAUGAUGAGCUGCUGUUUGAAGUCGAAGAUGCUCAGAUCCCUGAGUUUGCAGCUCUUGUCAGGACCACCAUGGAGUCCUUGUGGCAGGUGCGGGCCCUGGAGCUACAGCUGCAGGUCCCUCUGCAGGUGAGCCUGAGUACCGGCCGCUCGUGGGGAGACCUCUCCCCACUGCAGGAGGCCCUGGACCCAGCCACUGCCCAGCCACUGACAACUCGUUCCUUCUCACCCAACACACAUUCUGUGCCUAGCCCCGGGAAAUAGUGCGCGGAGAACGGUGGUUUACAGUUUGGGCCCACAGUGGCCUCCCAGGGCUGUCGGGUGCUGAGGCUCCAGGCAGUGCCCGCCACACGGACCCUCUGUGACGAGGACAGCUGGCUCAUCCCUGGAGUAAAUGUCUGAAAAGUCAA